GUGCAGCCAGCCGCAGUCGGGUACGGCGCUCUCCCCCCCCGUCCGGCCGUCGCCAACCAAAUCCUUCCCCCGAUUCACGCGGCGAACCGCCGCCGCCGCCGCACCACCACCAAUCGCAAUGGCGAACCCGUCGCCGUACUUCUCCGCCGGUCCGUACUCGGGGCCCGCGCCGGCGGCGAAGGAUCAGGACGCGGCGAAGGAGGAUCAGGACGUGGCGCAGCUCGUGCUCGACCUCUGCGUCCCGGAGCUCCGCGAGAAGGCUCUCUUCUUCCUCUCCAAGAAACGAGAAAAAUGUGAAGAUCUUGCUCUACUACUAUGGCACUCUUAUGGCACAAUGGCUGCACUACUCCAGGAAAUUGUGUCAACAUAUCGAUCACUUUCACCCCCAAAAUUGUCAUCUGACCAAUCAACUCGAGUCUGCAAUGCGCUUGCACUCCUUCAGUGUGUCGCAUCGCACCCUGAUACUAGGAUCCCAUUCGUAAAUGCACUGGUUCCACUGUACCUCUACCCUUUCUUGAACACUACCUACAAAACAAGAGAAUAUGAGUUCUUGAGGCUUACCAGCCUGGGUGUGAUUGGUGCUCUUGUGAAGUUUGAUGAUCGUGAAGUCGUUGCGUUUCUGCUGACAUCUGAAAUAAUUCCUUUGUGUCUGCGUGCUAUUGAUAUGGGCAGUGAACUUUCAAAAACGGUGGCCACUUUUAUUAUUCAAAAGAUUAUGCUUGAUGACGCAGGGCUAGUGUAUGUAUGUGCUUCUUUGGAACGUUUCUGUGCUGUAGCCAGUGUGCUAGGUCAGAUGGUUGAAGAACUAGUUGAACAGCCUUCCCCAAGGUUGCUGAAGCACAUAAUCCGCUGCUACCUCAGGCUGACAGAUGACCGAAGGGCUUGCAAUGCGCUACGCAGUAGCCUGCCCACCGCGUUGAGAGAUGGGACAUUCAACGACUUAAUCGAGGUCGAUCUCACGGCAAGGCUAUGGCUUCAUCAGCUGCUGCAUAACAUCAUGAUGAUGUCAAACGGUGGGGGCGGCCCUCACCCUGUCCUGGGUCGUGCCAUGGGGAUGUGAAUAUCAUCUGUCAAGACCCAAGAGCGUGCCUUGUAGUUGUAGGUAGUAAGUGACCAUAGGGGAAGCGAUCCCUUUUGGAAGGGAACACUUUUGUGCCGUUUGGAUAGCAAAGAGAAUACCUUUGUAACAAUGGAGCCUAGUUGGUGUUUAGCGCUGUACAAAGCCCAGUUUAAUUUAGCGUCUCGAAGAUGGAAAAGGGCCAAACUUGGCCGGCUUGCAGUUGCAGGCAUCUCUUAUGAAGUGUUGCAUCUUCUUGUCUUGUGAGAAGUCUAGGUAUCGGUCGUUAGAAAUUUGAAACAACAAUACAGGUAAGUUUGCGUUGUGAAGACUGCAUGUUUAUGACAGGAUUCAAUCAGAGUCAGGAUAAGCCGCUGGCUUGAUGCCGCUGCCGUGUA